AUGGUUCUUGAUAUUCGUAUCAGAGAUCAUUUUCAUUGGAUAUCACUGGAGCCCAUAGAGCUUGCAUGCGAUGCUGAUAGAGACCUAUCCUCCACACUGCAUAGGAGGCUGUGCUCCACUGCUCCUCCGCACCAGACCACUUCCCGCUGCCUGAGGUGCUUCCAAAUCUACCACAGAAGUGGAGAGGGGGGUGCUGGUGUCGCAUGGAUUACUUUCUGGAUUGAGAAUGAUUCCAAUGGCAUAUGUAUAUGUACGUCACUGAAGGCAACCAACGAGAACCUCCCACCAAAUGUGAUCAGGCAAUUGGCUAAAGAAUUGAAGAAUCUUGAUGACUCGCCUCCAGAAGGAAUCAAAGUUAGUGUUAAUGAUGAUGACUUCACCACUAUUUUUGCUGAUAUUGAGGGUCCUGCUGGAACUCCAUACGAGAAUGGAUUAUUCAGGAUGAAACUAUUAUUAUCCCGUGACUUCCCUCAUUCUCCUCCAAAAGGAUUCUUUUUGACCAAAAUUUUCCAUCCAAACAUAGCAACUAGUGGUGAGAUAUGUGUGAAUACACUGAAGAAGGAUUGGAAUCCUGGUCUUGGAUUAAGACAUGUUCUGCUGGUAGUUAGAUGCCUUCUGAUUGAACCAUUUCCUGAAUCUGCCCUCAAUGAACAAGCUGGAAAGAUGUUACUUGAAAACUACGAGGAGUACGCACGGCAUGCAAGGCUAUACACUGGCAUCCACGCACUUAAACCUAAGAACAAGUCAAAGAGUGGAGUUAUUUCUGAGUCAACCACAGCUCUAAAUGUGGGCCAGUCCAAUACUGUUCUCGGUGAGAACACACUUUUGGCGUCAGCAGCGAUAUCUACCUCUGCUGCGGCCAAAGCAUUAGGUAAAAACUCUCUGGAUCAGAAUGCUGCUACGUCUGAUCCUGUUGUAGGAGCAUCUGGCGCGCCCAAGAAGGAUGCGCCACAUGCAGUCAAAGUUCCAGUCGAUAAGAAGAAGAUGGAUGCAAGGAAGAAGAGCUUGAAGAGAUUGUAA